AUGGGUCCUGGGGACAUCUACGUGGGAGUUCCCUCGAUGGACGCUGUCUGCCAAGGGUUGGCCGCCAACCCCAACCUGCGUUCACACUGGGGCAGCAAGGUCAAGGGCAUCAGGAGGCUUGAGGAUGGCACGUGGAAGCUGCAGUAUGUCACAGGCAGCGAGGACGCUGCUGCAACAGCAACACACGGCGCUGUUCUGCUGGCGGACAUCAUGACAAUGCGCUCGAGUUCUCCCGGCUCGCUCCAACUGGGUGGGGCAGAGGCUUCGCCCAUGGUUCAGCAGAUGGGCACGGUCACUGCCAGCCCAGUCUUCUCGCUCAUGGUGUGCCUUGACAGCCGCGCUGUGAAUGCUCCCUUUGACGGCGCGACGGUGACUGGAAGUGAUGGCAUCCAGUGGGUUGCCAGAGACUCCUCCAAACCAGGCAGGGAGCGUGAGGACAAUCUGGAAUGCUGGGUGGCAAUGACGACUGAGGCCUUUGCGCGCCAGCUGCUGGAUGAGGCACCGCUGACUAAGGACGGCGCAUACGUGGCGCAGAGUCAGCAGUACCUGUCUGAGCUGGCGCCCCGCAUCUGGGACGCCCUCUGGGGGGUGCUCCAGCCCUUCUCCUCAGGAGCGGAGAAGCCGGUGCCGGUGUAUAUGCAUGCGCAGCGCUGGGGCGGCGGAUUCAAGGCCAGCGUUCUGCAGGAAGCCUGCCUGAUUGACAGGGAGCUGGAUUUGGCGGCCUGCGGUGACUUCUGCCGGGAGUCUAGUGCGCAGGGAGCAAUCCUCAGUGGACUGGCAGCCGCUGCUGCGCUGACUGAAAAGCUGUCCUGA